AGUUCCCAUCGAAUUCCUCUUGUGCAUUUUUAAGAUGCUGUGCACUCCCAGUCUGAAUGCCGAGCUCUUACUAAACCGGUUAAAAUAGGAUGUCAACAAGUGACGCAGCAGAGCUGGAGCUCAGAGUCGGAGGAGGAGGAGGAGGAGAAGGAGGAGGAGAAACGCCGAAGCCUCAGUGCGCCACGACAGGAGCUGCAUGGACUACAACUGCAAGUAAACACCAGGACAACACAUUCGCUGGACUAUUCACACAAGGGUACCAGAAUUGUGGUAGAACAUCAGCUGAGCAUCACCCAGCAGUCAUCAGACAAGAAGAGGAUCGUAAAGCUGAAAGUCUAAGGAAGGACAAGGCUUAUCGUUGGGGUCAUUCAGAGGUCCAGAUCGAGAGCUCUGCUGAUUCCAUCCUCAUCACCAGCGUCUUUCUGAGACUCUCCGGACCAAGGCUGAGAUUAGAGAAGACAUCAGAGCCACGGCUGGGCCAACAUACCAGUUUGUUUGACCCACAGUCAACUGCGACCAAGCAUAGCGUCUUAAAGGUUAAUGGAAAAACUUCAUCCAGCUCCUCCAUAGAGACGACCAGCUUGUGUCCAUCAUCGGAGACGAUCCUGUUUCCAGCCAAGAAGCAGGAAGAACUCAUCAAAGUUUUUAACCAUGAUCUGGGGAUUACCAGAAACCUGAGCAGAACUCAUAUUAUUUCUAAUGGUGACACUGAAGCCUGUCAACAUAAUGGCUUGUGUAGACUUUCAUGUGAGCCACAGUCCAGACAUUGCCCUGGAUCCUUAACUGGAACUAAAACAGACGUAAAGCACCAAACAAACCUUCAAAGCCAUUCUCGUUUUGUGAACGCUGUACCCAUGUUGUCUUCCACCAUUGUAUCAGUGCUGGCUCCUCAGUGGGGUGUCCGUCCAAGGCGGGCCAAAAGGUUUGAUGGAACUGGAUAUUCAGAAGCUCAGGGGGAUUUGCAAGAAGUUGCAAAUGCGUCAUCAACUCACCAACCGGGUUUCCAGGGGACAUGGAGCCCACAUGGUGUAAACACUGUACUGACAGAUGGGUCGAACAUUCCAAGGAGAACAACAUUACUGGGCACCAGAAGUAACACAGCGGGCUGGUCGAGUAAAAGUGAUCCUUCAAGCUUGGAUUUUAAUACUAAAAAGGACAUGAUUCAGACUGUUUCUUUAGAGUCGGCUGCUUUAAGCCCCUCAGCCACUUCUCCAAAGUACUGGACCCCCUUCUCCCUUAACUCUAACGAACAACGAAACCCCCAAACGGCCCUCCAUGGACGACAACCUUCUCUUCGCUCAGAACCAAGGACGAGCAGUCUUCUUCUGUCUUUUAGAGGAUUACACUCCAAUAGUACAAAUUCCAGUCAAACUCCGGUCCUCACUGAGUCAAAGCCCUCAUCUCUGAGCAGUUCUCUCAAUAAUAACCAACAAGAGAGACUAAGGCCCGUCCACUCGCCUUUAUCUAUUUCUUACAGGACAACUGACACUGGGCCGGUCCCCUCUCCCAUAGGUUCCGCUCAUAGAGAGGGAAACACAUCUGACAAGUUUUCUUUUCUUACUUCCCCAUCAAACAGAAGUAUGAAAGACAAUUCCUUUACUCAGCAGCCUCAGUCAGUACAAAUGACCCCGACUAGCUUUGCGUCUUCUAAAUCUCUAUUGCAGGGUAAAGGUCCUCUAGAGAGGCAACAGGACUGUAAGAAUGCAGAUAACACAGACAGCUCCAUUUCUCCUACCAGAUAUUUUCAGUAUGAUCAUCCUGCAUCUUUAAAAACACAAACUCCCCCUAGGAGAACCAUCCUGAAAUCCACUUCCUGGUGGAAACAAGUUUCUCAGGAAGGCAGUCCUCCUCUGAGUGGGAAAAACAAGAAAGACUACGAAAAAACAGACUCUCCGAGUCUGACAGACAACAAAAGACCAGGUAGUUAUAUGCGCAGUAACAGUGAUAACAACAACUCACCAGAGUUGGUUUGCAAAGGUAACAUGAACCUCUCUUUAAAAACACGGUCACCUGAAUCAGAAAAGGCUGCCAACCAGCAGCAAGGCUUAAAUGGAGACAAUAGAGAACCACAAAAGCUUCAGAGUAUGCCUGAUUGUUGGUCUGCUUCUAAACUUAGCACAGUUUCAGCACAAACAAAACUAAGCCACACCAACGUCUCAGACAAGAAUGAUGAAAGAAAGACUUUGUAUACUUCACAUGCACCUUUGUUUACUCCCAUGACCUCAAAUCCACCUGCAGAUAGCAUUGAUAAACACAAUGGUUUGCAACCCAAAACCACCAGUGCUCCUGCCCCUCAAAACAACAUAUACACACAAAAGUUAAAUAAAAAAAAUAUUUUUCAGGUUUAUGCCACCACUCCCAGCACCAAACCUCCCCCUUCUCAAACCACCUCGGACCACUCCUCUGGUCCAAACACAAAAAACAACUUUUCUUUUCAGUCUAAUCAGGUUCCCUCUAACACCAAUAUUCAUUCUUCUUCAACCCAAACAUCAAAAUUUACCAGUAAAUCCAAUAUCACACCUCUUGGCUUUAAAAGAAAUUCAUCCUGCCUUCCUAAGCCUUACCUCUCCAAAUCUGUGACCAGUCUUAGUCCCACUGUAAACACUUUCAAAACAAGAGCCAGCUCCAUAUCAGCCACUCCCACCACAUCUUCUGCUACCACUUCUGGUAGUCCAUCCACCCUAAGCCCUCCUGUCGCCAUUACAUCGCCCAUCUCUAUCACGCCCUCCUCUCUCCUAACACCGCCUGCCACUCCUGUAAGUGCUAUCUCCACCUCAGAAUCUUCUCCUCCCAAUUUAAAAAGCAUAGUUUACAACAGUCUAGAAAGAGAACCCAAAAAAAAUGGAAAGAAAGACAAGCGAGUAACAUGGCUGGACUCGGUGGACAGACAUUGUUCAGACUCCAUCAGUGUGGAGAAGUCAGAUCCCUCCGAGGUUCAAGCAAAUUCUCCAGCUCCCACAAAACUCCCCCAAGGUUCCCCUUUUGUCUUCUCAUACCUAGGGUCAGGUAGUCCAGAAGGGGCUGGAGCCCCUGUUUGUGCUCCAGAUCGCAAGGUCCUCAAUACACAAGUGGGAAGAGGAGGAAAAUAUCGCUCCUUAUCAUCCGACUGUGCCGAGGCAGGGACCACGGAUCAUGACAAAAACAAGCACACAGCUGGUGAUAAACAGGGCCCUAGUACAACCAGGCAGGAACGUACACUAUCUGUGGAGUCUGGCACAGCUCAGUGUCGAUACUCCGCUCCCCUUUCCCUCCCUCCUGAUUUCCCAAGUGGGUAUAAACAUCGCUAUAGCACCCCACCUUACUCCACGCUAAUGUCUACCAGGCAGACACAAGGAGAGUUGAAGACCUCACCACAGACCUUUCCCGUUUCUCAGCCCUCUCUGGAAAAUCUUACUCCACAGCCUUCAUCGAAGGCUGGCCCGUUGGUGUCAACACACAGACCCCCCUAUUUGUCACCUAUCAGAACAUCCCAGCCAUUUUCAAAGCCCAUCCUAAGUGGAACUGCCAAGCUGGGGAGCUCAGUAGGCAGUCUUUCAGAUGCCGAUGCGGUCAACAAUAAUAAACUUCAGGACCACAUCCAGGCUGGACCAAAUUGUCAGCUACAGUUUCUUGACAACAGGGUUCAUGUAAGCUCUCAGUGUCUUGAAGAGAAUGAGGAUCACAGCUUUUCCUCAACCUAUGUAACAGAAACACUGGUUUACAGGCUUAAAUUUAAAACAGAUACAGCUACAGAAGCCGCAAAGAACACCGCACCUACAACUUCACAACAUGACACAAACACUUCUGUGGAGACCAAGGUUAAUCAACAGCCAUGCCCUAUGCAGAGUAAGGAAGCAGUUGGGCAGUCAUGCCUGCUUUCUGAUCAGAGCUCCAGUGAUGGCAGGUCAACAAAGAGUGAACUUAGUCUUGAAGAAACCAAUAACACAAGCACCAAGGAGUCUGCACUGGUUAAAAAUAGGUUUUCUUCAGUUGAGGUUAAUAAUGAACAAAGUCCUAAGAAAAGCCCGUUUAGUAUAAAGAGAAGCAUCAGCACACCCAGCUCUAGUUUGUCAAGGUCAGAGUCGGAGAGGGUCUCCAAGAGUUACAGCAAAGUGGACCAGAUGUUCAACAAGCUGAAGCAAAAGCUCAGCUCCAGACGAACUGAAGAUGACUCGUCCUUCCUAUGGAAGUGGAAACGGACUUCACAAACACCUUCCGUCAGUGGAUCAAGUGACAUGAGCGAUGUCAGCGCAGACAGUACCAGAACUCUGGAGGAUCGAACGCAGGAGAAAGAGAUGGUGCUUAAAGAGAGUGCAGUGAAAACUGGGGACACAAAAAAUGUAAAAAGUGACAAUAGAUACACUCUCAUACAAGCACCGUCUGAUGGAGAAAAAAAGGCAGAAAAUGAUUUGUCCAUUUGGUCAGAGAGUGCCGUUCAAGGAAAUAAAAGAGAUGAUCAAAGUUCUUGUGUUCAUCUGACAGUCCAUGGACCAGCUGAACAGUUUGACUUGUAUGAAAACAAUGGGACGCAGCACACAAACCAGUUCCUCCCCUGUUCGGAUCAUAGCGUUGAUGGCAGCCUCAGUCCUAAUGCUGCUUAUCCAAGUCAGUGCAAGAGAUCCACACCCAGCCCCAGGAGUCCCUUCUCGCCAUUUCCCUCUCUUUCUCCUGUUUCCCCUUGUUCCAGUGCAGAGGUGUUUGAUGACAAUGUUUUCUUCAGUCCAAAACCUCCGCGCCGCCGGGAAUCUUCAUCUCCAUUUGAGACCGGAGAAGGACUCAGAUUAGGAUUCUCAAGAAGGAGCCGGGCAUCCAUUGGUCCCCCCACUCCAAGUCCAGUAAAGGAUAAGGAACCCUUUACAUCCUCAUAUGCAGAUUUAAAGUAUGGCAUUGAACCGGGGAGAUCUUUUUCUGUCAGCUCUGUCCUCUCCAGUCGACCCGCUCGGCCUGGACGGAUUUCUACGGGAAACAGGUUCAUGAGCGUGGGGGACCUUUCCCAGCCCACUCUGUCUUGUGCAAGUAAUGCCAGUGAGUUCUUGACACCCAGUGAGAUGGGACAGCUUUGUUCCCAGCCUGACUGUGAUCCUCACAUGUCACAUUUCCCCAGCGAUCCUGCAGUGAGAUCCAGAUCUCUCCCUCGGUCCUUGACUCAGUGCUUGGCAAAGUGGAGCUCAGGAGUGCCUCCUUCUCAGUCUGGCACCAGCACUGCCUCAAAGCCACGUCGUCUUCACAGCUCCAGCGUCUGUGACUUUUCAUGGGAUACAGAGGGUCCGCCAACCCCUCCUCCAACACCUCCCCUCUCACCAGUAACCAGGCGCAUGUCCAAACCUCCGAGCCUUCCUUCCCCCACAUUUCCCAGCUCACCAGAAAUGGUGCACCAAGUGGACAGCCAGCCUUCCAGAGCCCAUCGCCCCUCCCAGGGCUAUGUGUCCAGCCUUGACACUUUCGACGAAUCUUCAGACAGCAGCUCUGACACUACGACAGAUGAUGAGUAUUACAUAGACUCGGAGGAGGACGGAGACAGGGAGACGGAGCUGUGAAAGGAGUCCAGACACAAACAGGAAACAUUAAACUCAUUGAAAAAAGAGAGACAAAACUUUUGUUUGUUUUUACAUAAUAACUUGUUUAUCCUCAUGUUCUUGUUUAUUCUGCAACAAAGACAUGAUGGCAGCUGGGACAAAGAAACACCCUGCUGGAUGCGCUUCUUACAAUGUGUGUAUGCAGUGAUGGCAAGAAGUGGAGAUACUGCAUGAGCAAGCUGGAUACAAUCAUAGCUUUAGGUGCAUUGUUCAUUAUAUUGUCUUUGAAUGCUGCUCUGCAAAUUAUAAAUACCAAAUGGUGAUAGAUUUUAACAUUUAAAGUGUUGUGGCAUGGUUGAGGUGUCCAGUACUUUUGAGUAUACAUGUGGUUAUUUUAAAAGAACAAAGCACUCUGUAAGGUUAAGCUUUUGGCUCGAGCUCUAUCUUCAGCUUUGCAUUUCAUUCUGUGAGGUGACAGUAAGUACAAAGUCUGUGUGCAUAGUAUGCUGUCAUGUGACGUUUCAUGAUCUCUUAUUGUGUUUGACCAUUGAAGGGAGUAAAAAUAACUGUUUUUGUAAGAAUUUGAAAUGGCUGUACAUAUGAGAGUUGUACACUGGAAUUGAAUUAAUUAAUAUUUUCCAUCUAACACUCCGCUCUUAUUUGCACAAUGACAAUCCUAAAUCUUAAUAUAUCUGUUUUAUAAAUAAAUAAGAGUUUUCUAACAAA